AUGAAUCGAGGAAGCAGACUAAAUUUUGCUUGCAGUCUCCAUGAUAUCCCGCCAUCACCUAACUGUCAUGCAAUUGUAAAUCGAUCAAGUAGUAAGUUUUCUCCAAGAUCUGGAUCACUUGACACAAUCCCUCAAGUAUGUGAAAAUGUUAUCGUCGAUAAGGAACAUCUGGCAUCAAUAUGUGCACAUCUUUGCAGUCAACUAAAAAUAAUCGUCGAUUUGCUGACGGAUUUCGCAGCAGAUGUUUGUGAUGAAUCCGAAAGUGCGCGUAGUUUACUGCACGAACUUGAGGAAAAAGUCUUGCCUUUUUUGGUAAAGCUAGAGAUAGAAAUGGCUGCAUCAGAGAAACUUAUUCGAGUAAAUAUUGACACAGCUCGAAUCAAUGAAACUAAAGUUGAUUGGUUAUUGAAAUUCAACAAAUACGAGCUCGAAAUGCGCGACAUGCUGGUUAUUCUAUCUGGUGCAAUUUACGAGGAUUUAGAGCGAGUUCUGUCCCUCAGGCAUCGCGGUUGUUCUGGCGUCACUUUUAAACAGGAGUCCAUAGCAUGCUUGCGGCACAUGAAAAAUGAUACUAACAGACUGCACAAGCAAAUAAAGUUGGAACAAAUGGUACCUAUUUACUGA